AUGAGGUUUCUUCCAGGGCAAGAAGUCGAGAUUGCCAGCAAGGAAGAGGGGUUGAUCGGUUCCUACUACGUGGCAACUAUAGUAAAAUACAUCCAGAAUGAGUUCUACCUAGUUCAGUACAAGGAGCUGUUGAGGGAAGAUGAGUCGGGGCCUCUGACAGAGGUCAUCCGAGGCGAGGACAUCCGCCCCACACCGCCUGCUAAGUCACUCCCGACUGCUGCAGGAUUCGCGAUGCUCGACAGGGUUGAUGCACUCUACAACGACGGGUGGUGGACGGGGAGGAUAACCGGCAAAGAAGGGUCGACCUACAUCGUGCAUUUCGAGAAUAGUGGAGAGAGGCUUGCUUUCUUGGAUUCUGACCUGAGGAUGCACUUGGAGUGGAUCAACAGCAAUUGGAUUGCUACCACUAGGAGAAGAACCCUUCUCCCUCAAAAACAAAAUAUUGACUAG